UUGGAGGUGGCGGCGGUGGUUUACCAAACCUUCCUGGGUCCCCCUUCCUUCGCUCCGCCCUUGGCGGGGGGCGUGUGGGCGUGGGGCGCCUGGGACCGGCCAGACCAGUGGGACGCAGGGCCCCAGCUGUCUGGGGAGGCUGCCACCUGGAGAAGGCAGGCUCUUCCGGGACUGGGACAGCUGUGGGCGGUGGGAUGGCCCAUAAAUACCACCGUCGCAUUGGUGCCCGAGACGCGCGCAUGCUGGGAGCUGGCAUCCCAGAGGCGUCUGGAUAAGCACUCCCUGCGAAGCCCUCCCUGCCAUCCCCGCUGCCUCGCUCCCUCUCUGCCGGGAUCCUCCUCCUUCCCCCAUCCUCUCAGCCCCUCCUGCUGAUGCCUGCAGGACCCUUCCCCUUCCCCUGCUCCCCACCUCCCCUCUACCAUGUGUUCCUUUCCUCGCUGCUGGGCCUGCUGCUGUCUGCUCCUCCUCUUCUCCCUGGAAGUCCAGGGGUCCCCAAAGCCUCCCAGCGCUGCCCCCGAGCAAGUGCACUUGUCCUACUCAGGUGAGCCAGGCUCCAUGACUGUAACCUGGACCACAUGGGUCCCAGUGCCCUCUGAAGUGCAGUAUGGGCUGCAGCCUUCUGAGCCCCUGCCCUUCCAGGCUCGGGGCACCUUCAGCCCCUUUGUGGAUGGGGGCAUUCUCCGGCGGAAGCUCUACAUACACCGAGUCUCCCUGCAGGGGCUGCUGCCAGGGGUCCAGUAUGUUUACCGCUGUGGCAGUGCUCAGGGCUGGAGCCGUCGCUUCCGCUUCCGGGCCUUGAAGAACGGACCCCACUGGAGCCCGCGCCUAGCUGUGUUUGGGGAUCUGGGGGCCGACAACCCGAGGGCCCUCCCCCGACUGCGCCGGGACACCCAGCAGGGCAUGUACGACGCUGUUCUUCAUGUGGGAGACUUCGCCUAUAACAUGGAUCAGGACAAUGCGCGUGUCGGGGACAGGUUCAUGAAACUCAUCGAACCCGUGGCUGCCAGCCUGCCCUACAUGACCUGCCCUGGGAAUCACGAGGAACGCUACAACUUCUCCAACUACAAAGCGCGCUUCAGCAUGCCGGGGAACACCGAAGGCCUGUGGUACAGCUGGGAUCUGGGACCCGCACACAUCAUCUCCUUCUCCACCGAGGUAUAUUUCUUCCUCCAUUAUGGCCGCCACCUGGUAGAGAGACAGUUUCACUGGCUGGAGAGCGACCUCCAGAAAGCCAAUAAGAACCGGGCAGUCCGGCCGUGGAUCAUCACCAUGGGCCACCGGCCCAUGUACUGCUCCAAUGCUGACCUGGAUGACUGUACCUGGCAUGAAAGCAAGGUUCGCAAAGGCCUCCGUGGCAAAUUCUAUGGGUUGGAGGAUCUUUUUUACAAAUAUGGGGUCGACCUGGAGCUGUGGGCCCAUGAGCACUCAUAUGAACGCCUGUGGCCGAUUUACAACUACCAGGUACUUAAUGGCAGCCAAGAGAUGCCCUACACCCACCCUCGAGGCCCUGUCCACAUCAUCACAGGAUCCGCUCAGGGCUGUGAGGAGCUGCUCACCCCCUUCACCCUCUUCCCGCGGCCCUGGAGCGCCCUGCGUGUGAAAGAGUACGGGUACACACGGCUGCAUAUUCUCAAUGGGACCCAUGUCCACAUCCAGCAGGUGUCUGAUGACCAGGAUGGGAAGAUUGUGGACGACGUCUGGGUGGUGAGACCCCUGCUUGGCCGGACGAUGUACCUGUAGGAAUGAAGACAGCUCUCAUCAGGAACCCAGGGCCUUGCUGCCAGGCCCUAGAGGGGAGUCGGGGGUGGGGGGCUCGACUCCUCUGCCAUCCUUGGCACCAUGUAGGGUGGAUGCAGCCCCGAGAGAGGUGGAGCAGCUCUCACCUCCCAGAGAGCUGGGGGUCCCAGCCUGCUGGGUUGGGAGAGCAGUUGUAUGUACAGGCAGAGUGAAGCAAGACAGGUUGUGGGUGGCACCACCCUGCCUUCCUGCAUAGCACUAACUGGGUGGAGUGUCCACAGGGCCUCGGGAAUAAAGAGGCUUAUGGCUGUGCCUCCCUGGACUCUGAACUUCUGCUGGUGAUGGCCCCUCUGGGCUGUCUCUUCUGCCCGCCUAGCAAAGGCCCUUAACUAAAGUCAGCAGGGUGGGCAGCUGUCAUGACACCACUGUCCAGCAGGUGGCGCCAGCGACCUUCUCCUCCAGGCCGGCCCUCCGUUCCAAUCAGGGGCCUGGCUCCAACAGCCCAAGGGAAGCUAGCCAGUGUGGUCCGGGCCGCAGUCUCCCAGUCUGCCACCAAGUUAUCCUGGAAGCGGGCAAGUGUUAACACUCCAAACUGCCAGCUGGGACAGCUGACAAGCUUAGGAGCUCACAGACCUGCGGUUUUCCUCCCUUUAAAAAUUUUCCCCCUCCCUCUGUUUUGCCUCUUCCUUUUGUGUAAUCAAUCGUUAUUUAUUGAGCGCCUAUUAUGUGCCGGGACCUGUUCUCCAUGCUGUGAACAGCACAGAGAUGUCUGCCCUCAUGGAGGUGAAAUUCUAUCCAGGGUGUCAGACAGCAAGCACAAUAGAUAAGAAAAACACAUGACAGGGCAAAUGGUGAUCAAGCACACGCAAAGGCAGGAAGGGGACGGAGGAGUCACAUGGGCAGAGCGGUCCAGGCAGAGGAAGAGCCAGUGCAAAGGCCCUGGGGCAGAAACACAGCAGAGCAUCAGUUGGGGAGGCCAGUGUGAUGGAGCCAGAGUAAGAGGAAGAGUAGGGAUGAAAAUAGAGAAGUGAGAACGGCAGAUCCCAUGGGACACUGUGGGUCACGAGGCGGUCUCUGUCCUUUAUCCUGAGUGACAUGGAGCCACAGGAGGGUUCUGAGCUGCUGAUGGGCAGGACCUGACUCCAGAGGUCCUAGGCAAAUGCUGGGUUCCGGCCUCAAGGAUGAGGGCUCUCCUGAGUGAAGCCGGUGAGUUCCUAGCUCUGCAGGCUGACGACACAUCGCUUCGUCCAUUGUGUUGUGCGGUUUCAGCCUCCUCAGAUCUUUUCCCCACCCAGCACCCACUCUGCCCAAGGCUGUUUGCAGUGGUGUUUUUUUUUUUUAUCUUGGCUCUAUUUAUUUAUUU